AAAAGAGGGAACCCCCUCUCCCCACACAGCCGGUCUGUGGCAGGUCCCUCCGCGCCGGGUGUGCAGUCUGCACUCAGGUAGGCUGGAGGGCUAAAGGUUGCCCUCUGGCCAUCGCCCAUACCCACCACGAGGCCUGGGGGCUGUGCAGAGAAACGGGACUCCGCUGUUUGCACCUGUCAGCCCUUAACGCAUCUUGUCCACUCCCGUGGUGUCUGCAGACAGGCGUGGGGGUGAAGCUGCGGCCUGUGCACCUCUGCCCGUACAGUGCAUACAGGCACACAGUGUGCAUUGUGGCACUUUGUCCAGAGUUAAAAAGUCACAAAAACUUUUCUGAAGACUGUUUGAAAGACCUUUAUGGAAAAAGGCACUUGAAGCAAGGCAAUGGGGCUGGAGAGCACAGUGGCUGAGAGGAGGCAGUGGCAGGGAGACUGCUCAGAGUAAACUAUGGAGCCGGACAUAAAAGUGAAUGAACAUUUUAAAACCCAGUUUAAGGCUUAUCAAGAACAGCGGCAAAGGCGGUUGCAAAACCUAAUGGAGAGGAAGAAGGGAAAACAGAACAGUCAGAAGGGUGAUAAUGGCACUGCAAAGGAAACUUUUGGAAUCCCAAAUGAUCUAAACCUGUUUGAAACAAGACAACCUGUAAAUGAAGAUGACAGCAAAAGGUUGCUUGAGGAUCAGCUUCGAGAGGUCCGAGAUGAGAACUGCAGACUAUACAAACUGGUGACAGAGAAAGAUUUUGAAAUAAAGCAACUUCAGAAAAAAUUACAGGAGGACAGAUUGGCUUUGUCGGGGAUGUCUGGUUUAGCUGGAGAUGUUGCAGCUACGAAAAUAGUUGAAUUGGCCAAAAAGAAUCGUGAGAUAACUGCCGAGACUGAGAGUGAAAAAACCAAAGUGAAGCAACUGAAUAACAGAGUUAAAGAGCUGGAGAGAGAACUACAGACAGCUGUAGAAAAAAUACAUUCUCUUGAUGGCAGUGAUGCAGGAAUCAAGAAAUCAACUCUGAAGAUGAUAGAAGGAAACUUGGCUGAAAGUCCAAAGGUGAAAGCGUUGCAAGAAAAAUUAACCACAGCCAACUUUAAAGUGGUGGAGUAUCGUAACCAACUCCAAUUUGCAAAACAGGAACUAAAGAUGACCCAAAAGCUUUUAGCAAAUGAAGUUGGUGAAGAUGUGAAUAUUCAGAGUCUCUUGAUGAAUUCUGGCAGCUGGCGUGGACGAGCCCAGCAAAUUCUUGUUCUCCAAAGCAAGGUUCGAGAGCUGGAGAAUCAGUUGAGCCAAAACAAGACCAGAACAUCACUGACUGAGACUGAUGAGGAAUUGCUGGCAUUUACUGAUCCAAGGAAGUUGUCAGCCCAAGAGAAGAACUUGUUGAAGAUUCGCAGCUUGGAAAAAGAAAAGAAAGAAACCUUGGGGAAACUCGCUGGGGAAUAUGAUUCUCUCCAAAAAAGUCAUGAGGAAGUGAAAAAAAAACUUGAUGCAUCAAAAGCCAGGAACAAAAUCUUGUGCAGUGAAGUGAAAAUUCUGAAGGAACAGAUCAUAACCUUGCUGGAGAAAGGAAAACACGACGAUGAGCUCAUAGAUGCCUUGCUGAUCCAACAGAAGCAAAUGCAGGAGAUUUUAAAGGACCUGAGCCAGAAGGAUGAGAAGAACAAGGAGUCCCAGCAGAUGUUAGGGCAGCUCUUGUAUAGUGAGGUUCCGAAACAAAACUGCCUUAUAGAGCAGCUCAGACAGAUGGUGAUUGAACGAGAAGCAAAGGUUAAAGAGCUGGAAGAGGAGAUUGAGCAACUCACACUUCAGGGGGACAGUUCAGGAGCUGCUGAUAAACCAUCUUCUCAGCAUUUGGAAGAUCCAGGUUUUACUCUGUUUAAGCCUCUAACAUCAGGCAGCAAUCAGGUUGGAAAGAUUGGAUCUGCUUGGGUUGCUGGCACUGACAGCCCGGAUUUGAAAGUGCUGCAGACACAGAUCACAGAGCACAAGGCUCUCUGCCAGGCUGCUGAAGUGGAAAGAGACAGGCUCCUGGAACUGGUCACUGUGCUGCAGAAAAGGGUGGAGGAAGCUAGCAAUAAAGUCUUGAAAGCUGAGAAGAGGCUUCAGAAAGAGCAGCAGCGAUGUGUUGUUUUGGAACAGCAGCUUGGAAAGCUACAAAUGGAUCCAGAGCAGUCUGCGAGUCACUCAGGACUCCCCUUGAAUUGGAGCGAUAGGAAGGAGCUCUCUGCAGCCCAGCUCUCCGAGUUGCCCCUAGAAUCACAGAUAGAGGAGCUGAGCACAAGGCUUGUGACCCAGCUGGAUGAGAAUGAAGCUCUGAAGGCCGCUUUGCAGUCUACUGUGAGAAACAAAGAGGAAGACUUUAAACUGUAUCAAGACACAGUGGAGCAAGUGAAAGAUAUCUUUUUACAGGCCAUUCAGCAGCAGAAAGAAGAGAAGACUUAAGCAAGAUAUUCAUAGUUCUUUGGACUGCAAAGCAGAGAGAGAGCCCAGGCAUCAUGCCCAUGAAUUGAAAUGCAGUGGCAGUGUAGUUUUGCAGCCUCAGAUCGUAUAAUUUCUUUAGCAUUUUCAGAAGAGGAUUAAAAAUGGAGAUGAAAUACAAAAAGAGUGAUGGUUUUGCAUGUCAGCAAAUCCUGUCUGUAAGAGUUAGCAAGCAGCUGCACAUGCCGUAGAUAGAUGCAGUUUAGGAAGCCACAGUUCUGCAGUGUGAUUUUGGGCAAAACCUUCCGAGUUUCAACAGAAUUUUCCUCAAGAGGGCUUGAUAUUCAAUAUGCUGCUGCCUUUAUCAGCUCAUAAAGGAAUUUGCCAUACAAAAGUUAUGCCAGUUCCCUUCCAAAGUCAUGCCAGGAACAAACUGAGCUGUUUUUAUCGGCACACUGAUACCUGUCUGUCUCAGGCUUUCCUGGUAGUACUCAAGUGCUGAGGGAGUG